AUGUCUUUAUUUGGUCAUCAUUUUCAUUUUCCUAAUGAAUUACGGAGUUGUGUCAUUGACCGUGGUGGCUAUGGUCGCAAUAGAGAUUAUUCUGAGCAUCCAAGUAGAGGCUUUUAUAGAGAUGCAUUUGACAAUUAUGGGAAUUCCCGUGGCGUACUAUCUGCACGAGGGCCUCCACUGACUUACAGUGGAAACAAUCGUUACGAAGAUUGUAACAGUACACGAGAUGGAUAUGGUGGAAAUCGGGACAGUUACUCAAGCAGUCGAAGUGACAUGUAUCCAACUGGUCGUGCACGUGGUAGCAGACGGGAACGAGGGUUCCCACCUUCUCUGGACAGGGUGUACUAUGUUCCUCAUGGAUCAUAUGGUAGUUCAAGUUGUGGGGCUUCUAGAGGCAGUCAGGGGAGAGGCCAGUCUGAAAGAGGAGGACGAAGAAGGUACUAAAACAAAAAUUACACUUGUUUGCCAAACUUCCUUUGCAGACAG